UUGUGAGUGCUGUGGCUACCUACUCGUGACGUGAUAGGCGGAGAUGUAUGGUGAUUGGCGAGAAUACAGGCAACUGGGCGCGAGCCGUUGUGCUGUGGCAUGCAAAGGAACAUCUGAGACCCGGACUUCCUAUCUGCAGUGUCAGUUCGAGUUUAGGCAUGCUGGAGGCUGUUGGAUUUUUAACAACAUAGCACAAUAAUUUGAUUAUUUUUGAAAAGUACUGCCUGGUACAAGCAAGCUUUAAAACUGUAUGUGCCAAGUCCUCCGACCCUGGAAGGACAAAUGUCACUGUAAGAAACUGAAAAGGGGCGGAUCUGCACACGGAAGCAAAGCCAGUUGGUCUCUACUUCCAACUGUACUUAUAUCCCAAGCUUUGAAUUAUGACAUUUGCUUGACCUGAAUAAACCAUUCCUGGCAUGUAAAUAUAAAACUAACAAAGUUUUUGUUUUUAUUUUCGGCAACAUUUUGGGGCAUAAUUGGUUACAUUUUUUGACGUGCAGUCGGCAAGCUGACGAAGCUAAAGUACAUUGAAUACAUAUACCUAGUUAUAGUCAUUGAAACUGGAAUCCUUCUGGACAUUUUUAUAGUGGUUUGCAAAUUUUUGGGGAAUAAUGUACGCAGAUCAUUGGUCAUUUAUAUGCCCCUUCUACCAGUAGGUCUUACUAGAAGCCCUGAAGUGGUUCUGACUAUGUCCUGCAGACAUGUCUUGGAUGGAUUCUGUAACGGACUUCCUUAGCCUGGGGGAGAUACAGUGGCUGUCUUUGGUCACCCUUUUCAUUGCUUCCAUUGUCACGGUGGUUAUUUAUCUAAUCCAUUAUGCGGUUAGGAUGGUCUGGGGUCGAGAAGGUAGGCGCCGAAUGGCUCGCAGCACCAGGGAAGGAUUAUCGGAGGAGCUGGACCCUCUGCUGAACUGGGUCAUGUCUCUCAACAGUUGGCGGAGUCAGUGGCAGAAAGCAUGGUUGACGUCGCUGAACCGAGAGGCUAAAAUAAUUGGGACUUCCCUGCAGAUUGUAUUUCAAGAGGAAGAUGGUCCUCAGCCAUUAGAACUGCAAGUUAAUCAUGUGUCCAGUGUCAUUGAAUCAAAGGAAGAGAAUGUUGUUUCCUGUGAUGUGACUGGGGACAGCAUGCAGCUUUUCGUGAAUGUGAGAGAGGAUUUACAAAGCACUAUGGAACCUGUUUCUUAUGGUGUGAAAAUAUCUCCACUUUACUUGCAGCUGGUACUGCAUUUGAAAACGGGUAACGAGGAAAUCCAGGUGCAAUGGUUCCUCAGGAAUUUAGCAGAUGUUAAUAUUAUGGUUCAACCUAAAUCGGUGCUUAAGGUAUCUCAGAAGGAUCCCCAUUUUCAGGCUACAUUGAAAGAUGCCCUGAAGGUUCUUCUUAAGUCUGUUCAGCCAUCAGCAGUUUUAAUUGCAAAACCUGGCCACAGGACUGAAAGUCAAAUGCUGAAGAGUGAGAGGAAAAUCAAAAGCUAUUCUGAUUGUGCCAUGAAUGGCUACACUGACAACAGGACUAUGCAAAAUGCCAAGACCUCGUCUCAAGCAAGUUGUCCUCCAAAACCACCAAGGGCGCAUGAACUAAGGCUGUUGGUGAAAAAUAUCAAAGUAUCCCAACUUAUUAUUUCACAAGCUGCAGGCAACAUUAACACUACCUGUUCACUACAUCUGAAUGAACCCCAGCAAACAUUCUGUAGCAGUGUGUCAAAAAGUACUACCAGCCCAUCUUGGGACCAGCAGUUUGUCUUUGAAUUAAAUGCACACUCCAAGGAAUUAUGCUUACGACUGUCAGAUAACAAUAAACCAGCAGAAAGUGCCUUUAUAGGAGAAGCUUGCAUACCAUUAGAUCUAUUUAAAAAGCAGCCAUCUGGACUCCAGACUUUUGCUCUGAAGGGAUGUCCUAACAGGCAGACUGACAUUUCUGGAUCUCUUUCUGCCGAGUUCCAUUUCUUAGAGCCCAGUGGGGGAAUAUCCAGGCAACUUCCAACUCCAGUUCCUGCAAGGAAGGUUGAAAUGGAUCGGACUGUAAUGCCAUGUGGAACUGUCGUUACCACAGUAACAGCAGUAAAAACAAAACCACGUCCAGAUGGGCAUCCUACAACAUUUACCUCAGAUUCUCCAUCAAGGAGUCCAGCUAAAGCCAACAAAACAGAAAGAGAAAAACCUUUGCAGGUAUAUCCAUCGCACUGUGCUCCAGUGAGCAAAACCCUGUCAUCUUCAGAUACUGAGCUUCUCAUGUUGAAAGGAACUGACCCUGUUGCAGAAGCAGCAAUCCGGCAGUUGCAAGAAUCUGCAAAGCAGAGUUUAAAAUCACCGCGGAAGAAGAGCACCAUUAUCAUAUCAGGAGUCUCAAAGAUUCCAGUAGCUCAGGAUGAUGAAGUGUCCUUGAUGAUGGGUUACGCAGCUUCUAUGGAUUCUCCUCAAGGACAAGAAGAUUCACUGACCACUACAGAGGAGUCAGCUCCAGUUGUGCCUACAACAUCUAAUGCACUUUCCAUGACAUUUCCAAAGACACUGUCAUCUUCCAGCUCGCAGGAGGAAGGGAUAAUCGAUGACUUUUCUGCUGACAAUGAAAUGGAGAGUUUCUCGUGGGAGGAUUAUAAGUGUGGACAGACCUCGGGAAAUUCCUUAAAUGUUCUGGAAACUGCCACUGUGAAGAAGCCAAAGGGUGGAUUUCUUCGUAAAAGUGCAAGGCUGUUUUUCCGUAGGAGACACCCACUGAGGAGCCCAGGAAUGAGCCAGUCACAUAAUGACCUUGUGUAUUUACAGCAGCCUCCUUUGUUGGACAAAGAAAAAAAAGGAGGAACACUAAGUCGCAUUAUGAAUAAAAAGUUUAUGAGGAACAAAAGCAGAAGCAAACUCAAUGCGUUGUUUCAAGAAGCAAGCACGUAAUGUCCUGCAUCUCUUGUCUGGAACCAGUAGGCAACCUGCAGCAAAUUAGAUGUCAUCUGAUAACGCUUUCUCCUAGAUAAGCCUUAGGAUAGAUGGCAGAUAAAAAAAAAAAACAGUUAAUAGUUCUGCAUGUACACUUAACCUUGCACUCUUAUGUACAUUAGCUAAGAAAAUCAGAAAGGGAUUUGGUUUCUAUAGAGUUUUUGUCUGUAUUAUAACUGUGUGUGUCUAUGAAUAUAUAUCUAUAUAUUUAUUUCUCUCUCUACACACUAUAUAUAUAUAUAUAU